CUUUUCACAAGCGCAUAAUUCAUAUCAAACCGCCGAGCCGAACAGACGUCCCGGUGCUUUUUCGCAAUAAGCAAAUCAUAAUAAAAAAAAAGUUUGCGUCGACGCGCUUAUUUAACCACAUUUUGCAGCUGUAAAUUGUAUUAACAAGUUAAAAUGCCCCAACUUCAGAAGCCCGCUCCCGAAUUCUCCGGCACCGCUGUCGUCAAUGGACAAUUCAAGGACAUCAAACUGAGCGACUAUAAGGGCAAAUAUCUGGUGCUCUUCUUCUACCCCCUGGACUUUACUUUCGUUUGCCCCACCGAGAUUAUUGCAUUCUCCGAACAUGCAGCUGAAUUCCGUAAAAUCAAUUGCGAAGUUGUCGGCUGCUCCACAGACAGCCAGUUCACCCAUCUCGCCUGGAUUAAUACGCCACGCAAGCAGGGCGGCUUGGGCAGCAUGGACAUCCCCCUGUUGGCCGACAAGUCGAUGAAGGUGGCCCGCGAUUAUGGCGUUUUGGAUGAGUCGAGUGGCAUCCCAUUCCGCGGUCUCUUCAUCAUCGAUGAUAAGCAGAAUUUGCGCCAGAUCACCAUCAAUGAUUUGCCCGUGGGUCGCAGCGUCGAGGAGACAUUGCGUCUGGUUCAGGCCUUCCAGUAUACCGAUAAAUAUGGAGAGGUGUGCCCAGCCAACUGGAAGCCCGGACAGAAGACCAUGGUGGCUGAUCCCACCAAGUCUAAGGAGUACUUUGAGACCACAUCCUAAAUACUAAACAAGCAUAUUAUUCGCCUUUAAAAGUGUGGCAAAAAACCAAAAAACGCCGGCUGUUUUUUCGAUUGAUGAAAUCAAACUCACACACACACACGUUAACAGAGGCUGCUCACACACACACAUGUACGAUUAACACUCACCACUAAUACAUAGAUGUACCAAGUACCCCUCCCCACUCUACAUACACACACAAAUACAUUUAAUUUAAGCAAAACAGUUUCUGUUUCUUGCAACAAAUACAACAUAAUAAAUAAAGCCGUAUUGAAUAGUAACCAAAAAAACCAAAACAC